AAUCCCCUAACUAAGCACGACGCCUUCGCCGGCGAAAACUAUUGUAGCUUAGAAAAAAGAAGAGACGAGACUAAUAGACUCGCAAACACCACCACCUUCUCCCGUUCUCGAACAUGACGCUGUAUAGGCUGGUCGUAUUGGGCGACGGAGGGGUUGGGAAGACUGCUCUCACCAUCCAACUGUGUCUUAACCACUUUGUGGAAACCUACGACCCAACCAUCGAAGACUCCUACAGGAAGCAGGUAGUCAUCGACGACCAACCUUGUAUCCUGGAAGUGCUGGACACCGCUGGGCAAGAGGAAUACACUGCUCUCCGCGACCAAUGGAUCAGAGAUGGGGAAGGGUUCCUACUCGUAUACUCGAUAACAUCCCGAAGCACGUUCGAGAGGGUGGAGCGGUUCAAGCAGCAGAUCAACCGGGUCAAAGACACCGAUGAGGUCCCAAUGAUCCUGAUAGGCAACAAAUGCGACCGCGUAGCCGAACGCGAAGUUUCGAAAGAGGAAGGGCAGCACCUUGCCCGGAAACUGAAUUGCGACUUUAUGGAGAGUUCUGCCAAGACUUGUUUGAAUGUCGACAAGGCGUUUUAUCAAGUAGUCCGAGCCAUCCGCCAUCAACGGAACGGCGUGCCGCCACCGACGGAUAAACAGAAGAAGAAGAAAUGCACCAUUCUCUGAAGAUGGAGAGGAAGAGCCACGCACGACAUACACACCACCUGAAUAUCCACCCUUUUAUUUUGAAGCGUUGAUCGUUUCAGUUUCUCGUUUUCUUUCAAUUUUCACGGUGAUUCACCUCACACCCAUCAUCG